AUGGGUGAGUGCGUCCGCACGGGACCGCGAAGCUGCUCCUUUGGGGACGUGCAGAUGCUCUCGCUCACCCCCUACGUGGUGAACGUGACAGCCAUGAACCCCCUGGGCACAGCCUACCGACUCCUGCCCUUCCUCCUGGAGAACAUCA